UAAAAGAAAAGCCAAAGGAGUUCUUCACAGCCAAACUGCAUGAGCUGAAUCGUAUGAAGCUGGACUCAAGCAGUGUUUUUCAUCAAGAAACGUGGAAACUGGUGGAAGCAUCUUACGAGCUGUCACUACUUAUUGCAAAAGCAAAGAAGCCUCACUCUGUGGGGGAGACUCUUGUAAAACCCUGCCUUUUGAGUGCUGCAAAUACUGUGCUUGGGGAAGAAAGCCAAAGAAAGUUAUCAAAGAUUUCCUUAUCAGAUAACACAGCGAAGCGUCGCAUUGACGAACUUUCAGAAGACAUAAAAGAACAAGUUUUGGACAAAAUAAAAGCAUCUCGCUUCUUUGCAAUACAGUGCGAUGAAAGUACUGAUGUUGUUCACCUCUGCCAGCUGCUUGUUUAUUCUCGAUUCGUGGAUGAAGGAACUGUGAAAGAAGAAAUUCUUUUCUCAGCAGCACUGGAGGCAACAGCAAAGGCCAUUGAUGUUUUUUCAAAGGUUGAUGAGUUUUUCCAAGAGCACAGUCUUUCAUGGGAAAAAUUAGUCGGUGUUUGUACUGAUGGUGCCCCAUCAAUGAUAGGAUCUCGCUCUGGAUUUGUGAAGCUGGUGAAAGAAAAAAAUCCUGCUGUAACUGGGACUCACUGUGUUAUCCACAGACAAUCAUUAGCAAGCAAAACUCUGCCUAGUAAUCUACGCAGUUCACUGAAUUUGGCAAUAAAAGUGGUGAAUUUUGUAAAGCAUAGCUCUUUGAAUUCUAGGCUUUUCGCAGCUCUUUGCUCAGAUUUGGGCACUGAUUAUAAGACUCUCCUGUUUCACACCGAAGUCCGCUGGCUUUCCAAGGGAAACAUGCUGAGUCGUCUUUACGAGCUCAAAGAUGAAGUGGAAAUUUUCUUGCAGAAGCAGAAACAAGACAAACUGUAUGAAGCGUUCAGAGAGGAAGACUUUCAGCUCUCACUAGCAUACCUUGUGGACUUUUUUGAGGCUAUCAACAACCUCAAUUUGAAGUUACAAGGAAGAAACACAAACAUCAUUGCACACUCUGAUGUGAUCAGAGCUUUCACCAAAAAAAUUCAUCUUUGGAAACGAAAAGUACAAGUUGGGAACUUUUCAUCGUUCUCACAUCUGAAUGAGCUCUUCACUGAUGUGGAGUUGUUACUGGAAUCACUGCAAGAGGAAGCCAUCAAUUUGAAAUGUGACUCCAGCGCGAAAAGGGACUUUGAAACAAUGAAGUUAGAAGAGUUUUGGGUGAAAUAUCUCCCCAUGUACCCAAAAGUAGGUGAAGAAGCACUUCGUGUGAUUCUUCCCUUUUCUUCUACUUAUCUUUGUGAAGCAGGAUUUUCAGCUCUUGUUGUUCUGAAAACAAAACAGCGCAACCGACUUGAUGUAGAAAAUGACUUGAGUUGUGCGCUGUCAUCCUUCAAUCCUAGAAUUUCUGAUCUUGUGAGGAAGAAGCAGCAGCAUCCAUCUCACUAAAUUAGUUCAUAAAUUUUGCCUUAGUCUCAUGAGUCAUUCCAAAUAUUAUAUGCCAUGUUUUCAAAUUAUUUUUUCUUAAAAUUGCAACUCAAUUUUGCCAAUUUGCUGAUGUUCAAACCUUUUUUUUCGCUCACUUUGAACCAAAUGUUUCCUUUUUAGUUACUGGAAUGUAGUAUUAUUUGUUUGAGUGGCUUUCAUUAUUAAAAUGUAAUACAAACAAAUAUGUUUUCCUGAACAAUGCUAAGAAAUAAAUGUAAGAAUCAUCUCAUAUGAAAAAAAAAGAGGCACUGGGGGCGUGCGGGUCUACUGGAAGCAAAAAGGGGGCGUCAGGUAAGAUAG